AUGGCUUCGAGCGUGGACGUGGUGGUAGGCGCUACCUUCGCCGUGGACGACAUCCAUGCAGCCAUGCAGCUACUCUUCCGGGAGACCCUUCCCUCCAUCACCGCAUCGCUUACGUGGAUUCCCUACGGCCAAACGGCUUCGUUCCUCGCCCAACCAACCCAGCUUGCAGCGUCUUCACCGACAAGACAUGCAGUCACACUCGUCUUCGUUCGUCUCGUGGAUCUAUGGCACUCGCACCCAGAACUUCGCCAGGAAGCGCCGGAUAUGUCACUCAUGCACCGGUUCUGUGCAGCCAUCGAUACGCAUAUAGCGUUAAACCCGUCGCGCCAUAUCGUGUUGGUUCUGUGUCCAUCUCCGCCAGAGCUCGUCGAUGACAAUGCAUACAUAGCCAACGAGCAUGCCUUCUUGGCACAGCUUCCUCGCAAAGUCGUCACAGUGACCAAUGUAUUUGCAUGUUAUGACCCGCCGUCGCCCUACUACGACGUUGUUGCUGACACCUUGUCGCACAGUCCAUAUACGACUGCGAUGGCCCACCUGUUGGCACUCGUGGGGACCCGGUCCAUUUGCCGUGUGUUUCGAACCAUCACAAAAGUGAUUGUCGUGGACUGCGACCACACGUUGUGGACUGGCGCGGUGUCGGAAGAUGGAUUGGAUGGGAUUGCAAUUCCCCCAGCAUACGCCGCCUUGCAGCGUUUUCUAGUGGCGCAAUUCACAAAAGGUGUCCUGCUUUGUGUGUGCAGUCGCAACGUACCAAAGGACGUACACGCUGUGUUUGCGAAUCAUCCGGAUAUGGUGCUGCAAUGGGAUGUGCACAUUUUGUUAGCCAAGAUCAACCACGAGCUAAAGUCGGCCAAUAUCCAAGCCCUGGUCACUCAGCUAAACGUAGCCAUGGACAGUGUCGUGUUUGUGGAUGACAAUGCGGUCGAAUGCGGCGAUGUCGAGCAAAAUUGUCCUGGAAUUAGUGUGGUUCAAGUGCCCAUGCAGCUUACUCCAGAGUUUAUGCCGACGUGCUGGGCAUUUGAUAGCCCGUUGGGUACAUUCGACGCUACCGUGACAGCUGAAGAUGCACGACGGACUGCAAUGUAUCGGCACCAGCUUUUGGCUUGUGCCAUCACAAAUCACCCUUCAACGUUGUCGCAGAUUCCGUCCAUUGUUUCGGGUACCCCCGAUACAUUGAAACUAUCGCUGGGCAUGCAAAUCGACAUCCAAUUGGUGGAUUCGUCAGCGACAGUGUCGUCUACUUUGUCUCGGCUCGUGCAACUGUGUCAGCGCACCAACCAAUUCAAUUGCCACACGGACGCGGCGCGCGCUUUCACAUCCGACGCGCACGUCGUGGCGUUCCGUGGGUCCAUAUUGUACGUGCAUGUCACUGAUCGCUUUGGCCAUUAUGGGCUUGUGGGGAUGGCCGCUUGGACGGAAUUAGACGACGAAACGUCCCGUAUCGAUGUGUUUGUGCUCAGCUGCCGUGUAUUGAAUCGAGGAAUCGAACACGCGAUGCUGCAAUACGUGGCAACACACACGACGUCAACCACGAUUCAUAUUGCGUUUGUGUCCACGGUUCGAAACGUCCCCGCCGCGACCUUUGUGGCCAACUUGCCACAUGUGACCAAGACUAAACAUGGGUAUGCCGUACCUCGAGCCUCCGUAUUGGCCCUUCACAACCAGCCAGUCGUGACGACUAGUACUACCAACCACGCCAACUUGACUACUGGUGGUCGUCCACGGGGCCUCCCGACCACGAAUUUCCCAACGUUGGCGGCGCUUUCAUCCUUUAUCGAGUCGUUUUCUUCAGCUCCCUCAACUGUUCAAGGCGGUGUGGACGUUGUACAAGUUACUACUCCAGUUGCUAGUCAAGAUGUGGACAUUGCUGACGCUUGUAAAUUCCGCCGACAGCAACGCGAAGCGUUGAAAAAACUGCAAAAAGAGGCCACCGGCACGGCAAUUCCCAUUUGGACGACCAACAAUGUCUCUGAACGAAAGCCAUGUCCCCAAUGCAAAGUGCAUACUUUGGCCUUGACCAGCAAAUGCACGUUCGAACGAUGUCGCAGCUGCUGCUAUAACAUCCAAAAGUGGCUCCAACGGGCGCACGACCACCCCCAUCCCAAGGCCAGACACGUGGCCCUUGACUUGCUUCAACAAGCCAACAUCGACAUUCUACGCUCGCAACGCGGCUGCAACGUCCAUACAAACCAGCGACGAGCAAACGACUUUUGAUUGGCUGUGGCAGUCGUCCGCCAGCCAAUCAAUUCCGAGAUCUCUGGCUCACAUUGAAGUGAGAUGUUACCGGUAUUGUCGAUUCGGUACAAAUUGUCCAGACCCCGUCGAAUCGAAUCACGAAUCGACGCUACUAGUAUUGGCUAAUCUAAUUUUGAGUGGAUUUGAUUGGCUCUUACA